CGCGUGGUUUCACCGGCGUACCAUGGAGAGAAAAGUGCUUGCCUUACAAGCUCGGAAAAAGCGGACAAAAGCAAAGAAAGUACCUAAAAAACAAGAGGCCACUCAGCAUGCCUCUGUUCGGGAAACUGAGGGGGUCUUACCGGAGGAAGAUGAAGAGGAGAUUUUGGGAUCUGAUGAUGAUGAACAAGAAGAUCCUAAUGAUUACUGCAAAGGUGGGUAUCAUCACGUGAAGAUCGGAGAUCUGUUCUGUGGCAGAUAUCAUGUGAUCAGGAAGCUAGGAUGGGGUCAUUUCUCUACAGUGUGGUUAUCCCGGGACCUCCAGGCAAAGCGUUUUGUGGCCAUGAAAGUUGUGAAAAGUGCCGAACAUUAUACAGAGACUGCAUUGGAUGAAAUAAAACUACUGAGAUCGGUACGUAACACUGAUCCUACCGAUCCAAACCGUGAGAGAGUGGUGCAACUUCUAGAUGAUUUUAAGAUAUCUGGAGCCAAUGGGACACAUGUUUGUAUGGUAUUUGAGGUACUUGGACACCAUUUGUUGAAGUGGAUCAUCAAAUCAAAUUAUCAAGGGGUUCCAUUACCUUGUGUAAAGAGCAUCAUCAGACAGGUUCUUCAGGGUUUAGAUUACCUUCACUCAAAGUGUCAGAUCAUCCACACAGACAUUAAACCUGAAAACAUUUUACUUUCUGUCAGCGAGACGUUUAUACGUCGGCUUGCUGCUGAAGCAACGGAAUGGCAACGCUCUGGUGCCCCUCCACCAUCUGGUUCAGCAGUGAGCACAGCACCACCACCCAAACAAUCAACCAAGAUGUCAAAGAAUAAAAAAAGAAAACUGAAAAAGAAACAGAAGCGUCAAGCAGAACUCCUAGAAAAACGGGUGCAAGAAAUAGAGGAAAUGGAUCGUGAAGAUGAAAAUCAAGAUGAAGACAGCACUGAACAAGCCCAAGAAACCUGGACAGAUCCAGAUACUCAUUCAUAUUCCAGAGGAUCAGAGCUGAACUGUAAUGGACUGACCUCUGAAAUACCAUCAGAAAAUAAUGAAAGAUUGCCUCAAAAUAACACCUACUCCUGCACAGUUACCAGCUCUUCCAGUCUUGAUAGCCCCUGUGAACAGCCCAGGGAAGACCCUAACCCUCUCUGUCUUGAUACUGAGGAAAAUAAUCUACCUAAUGCAGGGGAAGUAAUACUAUCCCAGACAUCUGCUGUCCAAUCACACAAACACAUUGAAAAUGAAGAAAUUAGUAAAUUGCAGGAAAGUAUCAGGAAAGAGAUGUGCUCUGAAGAGCAGGAAGGAUCUCCUGCAAUGAAGAUUAGUGCCAACACACUCCUGCUGAACCCUUUAGAACCUCAGAAUGCAGAGCACCUGAAAGUUAAAAUUGCAGAUCUUGGAAAUGCCUGCUGGGUGCAAAAACACUUCACAGAGGAUAUACAAACUAGACAGUACCGCUCUCUGGAAGUUCUUAUUGGCUCAGGAUAUAGCACUCCUGCAGAUAUAUGGAGCACCGCAUGUAUGGCUUUUGAGUUGGCAACUGGAGAUUACCUCUUUGAGCCUCAUUCAGGGGAGAAUUACUCACGCGAUGAAGACCAUAUAGCCCUGAUCAUCGAGUUACUAGGACGAAUCCCACGCAAGCUUAUUGUGGCUGGAAAAUAUUCUAAGGAAUUCUUCACAAAAAAAGGUGACUUGAAGCAUAUUUCCAAGCUUAAGCCAUGGGGACUUUAUGAUGUUCUGGUUGAGAAAUAUGAAUGGGCAGAAGAGGAUGCAGCUGGAUUUACAGACUUCGUGAUGCCCAUGUUGGAAUUGGCUCCAGAAAAGCGGGCAACAGCUUCUCAGUGCUUGAAUCAUCCUUGGCUAUUAUCAUAGUAAAGUCAGUGAAUGUCUUCAGUUAUAGUCCUUUAUUCAAUGAUCUGGUAAUUGGAAGACCAGAGAAUAGAUCCAAAAAAGAUACUCAUUUUAAUGCCAAAGCAGCUUUCUUUCUGCCAAGCCAUAAAAGAAAGAAAAGCAUGUUCAAAUUGAGGUUUAUCAUGAGUUAUUUUAGUUGGGUAAUAACAAUUGUCACAGUCAUCCAUAAUUUAGGUUGAUUAGGUAAGCUACAUUUAUUCAGAUAAAAAGUAAGGCAUCAUUGUCCUGUCAGUCAUAAAACAAGCCUACCUCGCAUUUUAACAAAAUAAGGCCCAAAUAAAUGUUAUCCUUCUGUAGCUUGUGGUACAUUCCACUGGUGCAUUUGGAUUGUGUCAAUUUUCCUUAUAGAUUUAAUAUGUAUUAACUUUUAUGUAUUUACUUGUUAAAAUAGGCUGCAAUAGCUCUAUUUUAUGGGUUAAUGUAACUGUCCAGUCUUCAGAAUUAUUUCCAAGAAAUAAAAUUUUCACAAUGUGUA